AUGGAGGGGCUGCAGCAGUCCUUGAUAGAUAAAGACAAAAUUAUUACGACAAAUCAAAGUCUGAUGUCAGACUUUGAGAUCGACAGGAAAGCUUUGCAGGAUCGUAUCACCUCUCUCACAGCAGAGAUGGUCCUCAAGGAUCAGUCCUCUGUGGGGGAAAUUACCGAAAUAACCAAAGACUACACCUUAAAGGUCAGUUCUCUUCAGGAGCAGAUGGAGGGGCUGCAGCAGUCCUUGAUAGAUAAAGACAAAAUUAUUACGACAAAUCAAAGUCUGAUGUCAGACUUUGAGAUCGACAGGAAAGCUUUGCAGGAUCGUAUCACCUCUCUCACAGAAGAGAUGGUCCUCAAGGAUCAGUCCUCUGUGGGGGAAAUUACCGAAAUAACCAAAGACUACACCUUAAAGGUCAGUUCUCUUCAGGAGCAGAUGGAGGGGCUGCAGCAGUCCUUGAUAGAUAAAGACAAAAUUAUUACGACAAAUCAAAGUCUGAUGUCAGACUUUGAGAUUGACAGGAAAGCUUUGCAGGAUCGUAUCACCUCUCUCACAGCAGAGAUGGUCCUCAAGGAUCAGUCCUCUGUGGGGAAAUUACCGAAAUAA